AUGAUUUCAGAGGCUCAGGAUCUAAUAGCUAGGGCGGAAAAGAAGGCACAGCCUAGUAGUGGAUUCACAAGAUGGCUUUCAGGGGGUGAUAGUUACCGGCUAGAAGAAGCUUCGGACUUGUAUAUUGAAGCUGCCAACUUGUAUCGGUUAUCUAAGCAGUUGGAUACCGCUGGGGACACGUUUUGGAAGGCCGCACAAUGUCAGGUUGACGCGUCAAAUGAGGAUGAGGCGGGGAAUACAUUUGUGGAAGCAUACAAGUGUUAUAAGAGCUCCAAUCCCCAAAAGGCCUGUGAGGCUUUAGAGAAGGCGAUCGGUAUAUUUACGCGAAGGGGGCAAUUCCGUAGGGGGGCGUAUUUUAAAUUUGAACUCGCAGAUAUCCAGGAAUUCGUCUUGCAAGAUUACCCAAAGGCGAUCGAGAAUUUUGAAAUCGCAGGGGACUGGUACCUGCAAGAUCAAGCUUUAGCCCUAUCGAACAAAUCAUACAUUAGAUGUGCAGACCUAAAGGCAUUGGAUAAGAAUUAUCUAGAUGCGGCUGAAAUAUACCGCAAAAUUAUUGCCAAUUCACUAGGAAAUAAGCUGUCCCAAUGGUCUUUAAAAGAUCAUUAUCUUAAGUUGAUUCUAUGUUAUUUGGCAGCUGGAGACACCGUUGCAGCAGAAAAAGUUUUACAAGAGGCUCUCCAAGAAGAUACUACCUUCCAACAAUCCAGAGAACACACCCUAUUGUCGUCGUUAAUCGACGCCGUCAAGGAGGGCAACAUAGAAUCUUUCAGCUCUCAAGUGUUCGAUUACGACAAAUUCAACAAGUUAGACAAAUGGAAAACGACCGUGCUGCUACAAAUAAAGGACUCGAUCUCCGAAGCCGAAGAUGACUUAUUGUAG